UGUGAUCGCGGAAGAAGUUGUGUAGCCAAAACAAGCCCACCGUUUUCGGUCUUGUGCAACUUCACGCUCAAAGGAACGAGAGAUUGGCCGAUUUGUGAAGUUUGGGCGUGUGUAGGAGCCUCCGGGAGGGCCGCGGGAGCCCCCGAUACCGCCCGCGCCCACAUGGACGCGAGGACACGUUAAUUGCAAUUGACCUCUGUCCUGGUUAGCUGAAAUGCAUAAUGUGAAGGUCCAUCAUGGAGGACACUGAGUUUAUUACUGGGGACAUUUGUUCAACUAAUGAAAGGGAAUUAGAUGACAUUGGCACGGGAUGCAAUAACACUAUAUUCGUAGCCACUCACUUGGAACAAAAUGGCCAGGAAUCUACAAAAUCAUCUGAGGAGAAAUCUGACAAGGUGGCAGAGAGUUGCUCGCUACAGUCAUCGCCGGAAACUGAAGCACAACCAUUUUGUGAUGCCAACCUCAUUUCAAGCUAUAGGGAACAUCAAAAACUUAAACAGGAAGUGAUGGAUGUUGGUGAAGAAUUCAGUGAUGAGGAUGAUUAUAAUGGUGUGGAAGGUAGUGGGGAUGAAGAGAUGGAAUCUGAAGAAGAACUCCAAAAACUUGAUAACGCGGUCAAGAAUGAAGAGGCACAAACUUCAUUUGGGAAAAAUGAAGAGAAAAAGGAUGGUGACUGCAAAAACUCAUCAUUGUCACUUUACUCUGGCAUGAGCGACAUUAUUAAUGAAUCAUUCCGAAGUGGGUCAAAUUCAUCACCAUCAUCAUGUUCUUCCACUCCGUCCCUCUCCCCAUGUAAGACCUCACUAGGUGGAAUGUCUCGACUGCAGACCUUUUCCUCCAGUCUAGUGCACAAAGGGGGUGGCCUCCUGGUCCAUCAUCCUGUUACCCCUAAGAAACGGGUUGUUACCAAGGCAAAGACGGACCACCUGAGUGAUGAGCUUAAUUUAGGAUACAGAAUUUUGGGUGAGCUGAUGUCGGAUUACCAGAAGGGCAGCAAUACCCCAUUUAUGGAACCUGUUGGGGUGGACCCGGAGAGAAAUAAGGAUUACUUGGAAGUUGUGAAAAAACCAUUGUGGCUUAAGAAAAUUAAGGAGGAUCUGUUGGCUGGGAACUACCACACACUGACGGAGCUAAUUGGUGACCUGCGGACGAUGCUAGAGAAUGCUUAUCGUUAUUAUGGACCUUCGAACUCUAUUUCUAAAAAGGGUUUGCGACUAGAACACAUGAUGGAACAAAAAAUUGCACUCCUUCCAAAGGAGGUUCGGGAGCUUUGCACGUUAGAAAAGACCUCUGGCCAGCCACCUGAAGACAUCACCCAGAAACAUCGAAAUAAAACUGCCAAGAUCUCUGUCAAUGGUGACAAUUUUUUCUCGUAUGUUUUGUAUCGUGUCCGUGGAUGCAGGGUUCAGCGGGAUAAAGAACUGAAGAAAAGAAGAAUGGAGGCCAUGCGACAGGCCAAGCGAGAUCGUGAGCAAGAGGUCGUAGAAUGGGAAAAAGACCUGAUACGGGAGCCAAUUCACACUCAUAUGAGAGCUAUGUGGGAGCUACCACAGAUAGGGCAUUUUAUCUUCUUAACUUUGAAGACUCUGAACAUCUAUGAAGUACCACAAUAUGAAUUGGAGCGCAUGUUGUUGAUGCCUCGUGCUUCCCGCACUUUGGCCAUGCUUCUCACUUCAUUACUCUCAUCACCUCAGCAACGGCAAAAAUUAAAUGAAAAACCAUAUAUGCCCUAUAACAUUUGGGCCCGAAAACUAGCUCAUAAAACACUCUUGUGGUAUAGGUGCUAUUACCGGGAAAAUCGAGAUCCAAAAAAGGUGUUUGACCAGAUGGGUAUUGAGCCUCAGUUUUGGUGUGUGUGUGGCCAUACAAACCCGUUUGAUCGCCAACUUUUCCACGAGAUGACAUAUCACCAGCGUGUGUGGCUGCUCAAGUCCCUCUGCGACUUUCUUCUGCACAACCACAAGACCGUACAAGAAGUUAUAUCGGAGCAGACGGAGUCAGACCAACGGGCAUAUCACCUAGGCCAGGACCGUGAUGGUAAUGACUACCUUCAUUUCCCACAGUUUUGUGGGCAGGAUCUUAGGAUAUACAGAAGUGCACGAGUACCGUCUCCUGAGAUUUCUCGUCAAGAGGAAGAAACUGACGAAGGGUGCGUUUUACCACCAGAAAAAAUUAAAGAACAUAGGAAAAUGAUGAAAAAGUUUAGACAUAAAUAUGAAGAGGAAGCAGAAUGGGAAGGUGCGAGAGGGAAAAAAAGAAAAAGAAAAAGAGGCAGAGGUCGAGGUCGAGCCGUUGAUCCAGAAGAGGAAGUUGGUCUUAACAGUCGAAGCAGACCUGGCAAUUUGAGACAACGCCCAAGAGCUAGAUAUAAUGACCAGUUUGACGACUUAGAUUUGUCCUCGGAUGAGGAAGUUAAAACCAAAUCGAGAGGGAAAAAAUCGUGGGUGUCGGUGAUUGAUUCUUCUAGUGAAAGCGACUCGGAGAGAGGAAAUGAAAGAGCUCCUAGUACACCAUUAGCAGCGGAUGGUGAAGAGGAUGAAGAAGUUGGCAGUAACAGUUCUGCGCCUUCGCAACAAGAAGCCCUCACCCGAGCUCAGCAAAAAAAUCCUAGGGCCAAAAAGGGAGGGAAAAAGAAACCAACGUGUGAGCUUUGUGGCAAAACAUUCCAGAAUAUUGCAGCCUUGAAGGGACACCGAGCUGUUCACACUAAGGAAAAGCAAAGACUGGCAGUCAGUGCAGAUGACAUUCCUGUGACAAAUCAAAAAUCAAAAACUAUUGAAGGCGAGAGAGAAACUCUUGAAAUGACAAAAACUGGUGAUGGUGCUAGAGAAACUCUUGAAAUAGCAAAAACUAGUGAUGGUGAGAGAGAGACUCUUGAAACCAGAACUGAUAAUGGUGCUGAUAGACUUAGUAGUGAGAAAGAGAAUUGUGUUGUUGAGAAUGGUGAGUGUGAAUCUGAGGUUAAGACACAACUGGGAAAAAGCAGUGAUGGGAAGGUUAGUGAUCUGAGGACGGAAUCUCUAAUAAAUGGGGAGAUAAAAGACGAACCGAGUGAUAACAAAGACGAUAAUGUUAAGUUUAGAGUUCCAUUGACAAAUGAGAUAAAGAGAGAAAUGAAUGAUGAAAAAGAGUUGGAAAUCGAUUCUAAAAAUGUUAAAAUGGAAGAUCUUAUUAAAGUUGAGGAAUGCAAUAAAGGGGAAAAUCAGAAAUCUACAUGUAAUGGACUUUUGAAGGAAGAGGAGAAAGAGCAGCAGAUAGACGAGAAAAAUGAGCAAAAAGAGGAUAGUGACGAGGAGGAUCCUCUUAAAUCCCCUUCACCUCCUAAGGAACUUCCACCCAUUUAUGACCCAUCUCCGUAUCUUCCUCGGUUGGAAGACUUUGAGCUGGUGGUCUCAUCUGUUGAACAGUUACGGGCACUAAUUCAAAAGUUUGGAGACCUGCCAGAAGGUUCAGUUGAAGAUGAAGAUAAAAAUAGCCAAAAAAAAACAAAGGAAGAAGGGAAGAAACGUCCAUCCUGUGAGGUCAAACUCCAUUAUGCGCUUUGCAAUUUGUUGAAUGAGUUGAGCCCAUGGGAAUCUAAACUUCUUAGAGCUACCAAAAGACUACGCACAAAGCUACGACAUGAAUGGAACGAUUAUGAAAAGAGGGAUGCGCUCUAUGUAGACCCAGCAGAAGAAGCCUGGAUGAGUGACCCCGAGCCAGAACCCGAGCCACCUACUCCAGCGGCCCAGGAGUCAUCAUCUUCCUCGUCUUCCAGUGAGGAAUCUCUUGACGAAGAAGGAAACCCAAAGCGCAAACUAAGGAAAAGACGCGUAAAGCGGCAAGCGGUAUCUCAGGUAACGGAAACUGUUACUCCACCAGUUGAAACUAGCACAGUACCAUCAGAGGAAAGUUCAGAAUCCUAUGCUGUUUCUUCUCGUGGACGUGUGCGCAAAGUUAAAAAGAUGAUCAAUUAUGAUGGCCUGGACUUUGAAAAGCUUGCAAUACAGGCUUCUGAGGAAGCUGAACAGGAGAGGGUAAGGAAAAGAAGAAAGAGAGAAGAGGAGGAGAAGGAAAGAGAAGAACAAGAUGUUGAUGAAGAAGAAGAAGAAGAAGCUGAAGCAGCAGCAGCAGCAGUAAGCUCUCAGCCAUCUGGUGUGAGACGUUACCUCCUCUCACACACAGGGCACGUAAUGGGGUACAUUGACAAUGAUGGACAGGUCCAUUCAGGGAAUGCUCUUAAAGACACCAGAACUGAAAAAGGAAAAAUUGACAUAUCAUCCGUUAGAAAUCUUGCCAAUCAGCUUGUAAAUAAUGUUAAAAAGGAAGGCUCUCAAACUCCUGUAAGGACGGGUGUAAUGGUCCCAAAGAAGACCUUCCAAAAUUCCAAUUUAAAGCCCGGUGUUCCCACUGUAGUUGUGGCAGCCAUCAACAAUCAAGGGUCUCCUGUAUAUGUGAGAGUUGUGGGAGAACAAGCACUGCAACUAGUGAAGUAUAUGAAACCCAGUGUGAAGGGACCUGUAUCUCAGAUUAAACUUCAACACCAUGGACAAACUUAUACUGUUAAUACUAAUGCUCAUAUGAUAACUCACAACAUUCCAGGUCUGCCUGACGGUGAAGCCACAGAGAAACCUACUUCCAGUGUUAGUCAAUCAAGCAUGACUGCAGCCAAAUCUACCUCAUCGCUGGUUGCCACUAGGCCUUCAACAGGACUUGAGGGUUUAGCCACCAGCAAUUCUCCAAGCGUGCCUCGGGUUGCUCCAAUAACUUCAGUGAUUAGCAGUGUCUCUUCUCAACCAAAUACUUUAGCUCUGGCCUACAGAGGGAUGACAAGGCCUACUAGGCCAAUGACUGUUAAUGCACCAGUGCGGACUCAAUGUUCGCAAGCUCCCGGGACUGUGAUGCAUCAAGAUCCUAAUCGUAUUUCAGCAGUGGCACCUACUAGACUAGUUACAGCCUCCCCAUCAGUAGUGUCAUCAAUAAUGUCUCCAAUCAAAGCACCUGCUAAUAUAGGGUCGUCACCAACAACUCGUAGUCUAAUCAAUAUAAAUCAAUCUGCAAAUAGAUUACCAUCUCCUAAUUUGAUGGCUUCUCCCAGACAACAUGUUUCACCAGUAGUGAGUAGGAUUGCAGUAUCCUCGGGUGUUACUCCUACUAAUGUUGGUGGCACACAUCAAGGUACCUCAGUAAUGCAACAUCAUGCUAGUUCUCAACAACAAAUACUAGCAGUCCAGGCCCCAACAGCUGUAGCAGUAGCUCCAAAUCAACCUAUGGGUCAGACUGUAACGGCAACUACCAUAGCAGUUCCUGGUCCUGGAGGACAGCCACAAGUACAACUUAAGCUAGAAUCUGAAUCCUUAGCCCAGUUGAUUCAGAGAACGGGAAGCAAGAUAGUGGCUUUACCAAAUGGUCGAGGAGGGUAUACCUUGUCUCUUACACCAGGUGCUGUACAGCCGGGCCAAGCAGGACAAAAAAAUCAGACACAUUUAUCAGCCAAUGCAGCAGCUAAAGUCCAGGUUGUAUCUUGUAGUACUACUCCACUACUUCAAGAUAAUCCACAGACUCAGGCUGUGCAACAGCCCCAAGUCAUCCAGCAACAAAGUCAUGUUAUAUCACAAGGAGUAGCCCAGGCAGCAACUGUUGUUCAGCAAUCAUCUCAACAGUUUAGACAGGUGAUGCCAGUUACCCAAUCCCAUCCUCCAGGCACAAUCAUCAAAGAUACGAGUGGAGGUACUCAAGUUGUUGUUAGUGGACAGCAAGCAGUUUAUUCAAGGGUGGGUACUCAACAGCGAGUUUAUAAUCAUAUAGUAUCAUCUCCUCAGGGUACAAGAUGUGUCCCAGUCUCUACAACAACCGUCACUUCCCCACAGCAAUCUGUAAAUAAUGUAUACACAAGCCAGUCAUCAGGUGUGCUGCAGAAAGUGAACACUGCAGUAUCUCCGAGUUACCAGACUAACCAAAACCAGCAGCAGUAUGUUCUGCAGCAACGUGUAGUGGCAGCAGGUACUCAGGCAACUGUAUCUCCCCAGUCUACCCAGACUGUGUCACAGCAAACCACACCAACAUAUAAACCAGUUGUUGUGAAUCAGCAAGGUACUCAGCAAGUAGUUCGAGUAGCUCAGGCACCUGUUCUUCAGCAACAGCAAAUUGUAAGACUACAGCCUGUGAGUGGAAAUCAUCCCAAUGCCACCACGCAAAAACUCGUGCAAAUUGUACAGCCUGGCGGAGGACGCCAGGUGGUCCAGAUGGUGCAGCAAGUGGUAGCAAGUCAAGGACAAGCAAAUACAGGACAUCAGGGGUUGAUUUAUGUACAAGCAAGUGGGCAAGUAUUACAGCAACAUCAAAAAACUAAUUUGGGAACAGUACAUCAUACACUGCAAGGUGCCACAGCUGUGCAACAAAGCCAACCACAGCAGAAACAAAUUGGUCAGCAGAAACUGCAACAACAAAUCAUAGGCCAGCAGCAUUCAACAUUGCAACAACAAAUAACUGGACAAUCGCAUCAGCAUCUUGCACAACAACUUGUACAACAGCAAAUUGUACAACACAAACAGCAACAAGUAAUACAUCAACAGAUAUCACAAUCACAACAGCAAAUUGUGCAAGAACAGCAGCAACAGCAGCAGCAGCAACAGCAACAACAGCAACAACAGCAGCAGCAACAACAGCAGCAGCAACAACAGCAGCAACAACAACAGCAGCAACAACAACAGCAGCAACAACAGCAGCAACAACAGCAGCAACAACAGCAGCAGCAGCAGCAGCAGCAACAACAGCAGCAGCAGCAACAGCAGCAGCAGCAGCAACAACAACAACAAAUAGUACAACAACAUAUAGUACAACAGCAGACAGUAGUCCAACAGCAACAGCCAAUUGUCCAGCAACAUGCCGUGGUUCAACAGCAGCAACAGACAGUAGUUCAGCAGCAGCCAGUGAUCCAGCAACAGACUGUGGUUCAACAGCAGCAACCAGUGGCCCAGCAGCAAACGGUGGUCCAGCAGCAAACAGUGGUCCAGCAACAGGGUCGAUUGGUAUUGGUGAGAACAACUCAGGGAGAACAGAUGGGGUUGCAGUUGCCAGAUGGGCGUGUAUCAUUGCUUACCCAGGAGCAGCUUCAGUCAGCAAUCAGAAAUGGUUCCAUCAAAAUCAACCAGCAGACCUAAACAAAAUUGAAUGUUUACAUAGUUUCAACCAUAAUUAUAUAAAUACAAAUGAUUGUGCAAUUCUAUUAGUCACAUAUUUAAAAAGUAUAAUUAUUUUGCAGGGAGAGGCAAAGGUAAAUUUUCAAUAUCUACCUUAGAAAUGCAUUAUUAAAACCACAAAGACUGGAUUAAUAUUUUCAGAAUGCAACAGUAUAUCACUGGCCAUUGUGUUAAAAUACACAAUUUUCUUUUGCGUGUACUGCCAACAAACCGUGUCACCAGUAACUAAAUACCUGUAUAUGCUUUAUUCUAUUUACCAUUUUAUGAUAUUGAUUUUCCUUUCUGUGCACGAAAUCCUGAGUGAAGAGCAGCAUGUUGUAUCGCCCUGCAUGGCAAGCAGGGUGUUGUAUCGCCCUGCAUGGCAAGCAGGGUGUUGUAUCGCCCUGCAUGGCAAGCAGGGUGUUGUAUCGCCCUGCAUGGCAAGCAGGGUGUUGUAUCGCCCUGUAUGGCAAGCAGCGUGUUUUAUCGCCCUGCAUGGCAAGCAGCGUGUUGUAUCGCCCUGCAUGGCAAGCAGCGUGUUGUAUCACCAUGCGAGGCAAGCAGCGUGUUGUUUCACCCUGCAUGGCAAGCAGCGUGUUGUAUCACUGAGGCUGCAUUUGGAAUCAUUUCUCUUUUUUGAACUAUGAUGUAGCAUAUUUUGAACUAUUUGUUAAUUUUCCCCCAAAAACAGUAUUGUAUAACUUGACAGAUGCACCAAAAUUAUUUAUGAAAUGGCUUUUAGGCCAGAUAUACUUAAUGCAAAAUAGAUAAAGAACUGUCAUUAAUGUGUCGUAAUGGAAACUACGCAAAAUUUUGUUGCAUAACCAUGUAAAUAGACUGCAAAUUCAAUGCCUAUUUGUGCAGUUAGGCAACAGAAUGUUUUCUCAACAUUUGUAAAUUCCAGGCAACUAGAUGGGUUGCCUACGUAGGUAACUUAUUAUGUAAGAAUAUAAAUUAUAUCUUGUACAAAUUAUAAAAUAAAUUUUCCAAUGCAAAAA